AUGGUAAUCUUGGUGGUUGUACCAACUUCUGAUAAAAGAGGGAAGGAGCACAAGUCAGGAUUUGGAGGACCAGCGGUCAGCUCUCUGUACCAAGAAGAAACAAUCAGGGAGGAAGACAAGAACAUAUUUGAUUAUUGCCGAGAAAAUAACAUCGAGCACGUCACGAAAGCCAUCAGUUCCAAGAAGGUGGAUGUUAAUCUUAAAGAUGAGGAGGGGCGAGCACUGUUGCACUGGGCAUGUGACCGUGGCCACAAGGAGCUGGUAUCUGUGCUUCUGCAGAACAAUGCUGACAUCAACAGCCAGGAUGAUGAAGGCCAGACUGCUUUACACUAUGCCUCCGCAUGCGAGUUCGCAGAUAUAGUGGAGCUCCUGCUCCAAGCCGGAGCCGACCCGUCAAUCAAGGACAGGGAGGGAUCUCUGCCGGAAGAGGUGACCGAUUCCAAGGAUAUUUCUUCUCUGCUGCGUCAGUACGCCACCUCCAAAGGCUAGGGAAGGCAUGAGCAGAGAGCAGCGCGCACCAUAUCGGCAAUACAGUCUGCAUCCUGUACAGCUUAACAUUCCAUGGAAUGCAUUAACUAUUAAACCAGUGAUAAGUAAACCAUUUAAUGGCUUCGAUAUUUGUUCAAGGAUCCCAUCAGACAAGACCCAUAUGUCUGGCUCUCACCAUCCUGUGGUUGAGAGAGAGUAAGCCAGCUCUGAUGGUUUUAGAGAAGCUAUUUAAAACACUUUCAUUUCAUUGUUUGAUGUCUUUGGCUGAAAGACCCAUAUCCAUCUGCCCUGUAUGAUCAGGGGUUCCCAAAACUGUUGUCCCAGGACCCUGCUGGUGUCCUCUUAGAUGUUUCAGAGAACAAAAAAAAACAUUCUUCACUAGAAAUCAAACAAAUAUAAUCAACACUUACUCAAUAAUCAGUCAACAUCCUGGAUAUGACGAUAACGUCUUGACUGAGUGUUGAGAAUGUUACAAAUGUUGCGGUGCUGUUUUUGAGCAUUAUAUUAUAUCAUUUUAUAUCCAGGAGGGUCUUUUCAGCCAGAAGAUUUUGUAAACUCAUAAACCCCUACAAUAGAUUGCACUCUAAAAUUGUGUCCAAUUCAUUCCUGUCAUCACAUUACUGGGAAGUAACUGGUUUCUGCAUUGUUUGUUUCCAACAAUAAAACAAUAGUGUUUUAAUGUGCAGUGUA